AUGGAGUCGAAGUCAAUUCCUGUGCUAGUAAGUGAACUUGUUGAAUGUGUAGCUGAGUUAAUAAGAAUAGCUGAAGAUCUUUUGCAAUUUAUUUCACAAGAACAACAAGUUCCUAGUGUACAACAAAAUGGUAGAUCAGAAGGGGCUGGAGCAAAUGCAUCUCCUUCCGAGGAAGCUUCACUACCAGAUCUUGCUGAUCUUUCUGACUUAGAAUCAAUACUUUCACUAAGAGAAGAUGAAGACCUAGUCCUUGACAUAGAUGAAGCUAUGAUCGACAUCGAUGACUUACAUGAUGGUGUCCUCCCUGAUGUAAAUGAUGACUUAAGCAGUGAUUAA